GUGGCUGACACCGCAGCCUAUCACAAAGCAGCCCUAUCCCACAACCUGCACCAAAGAAUUUGGCGAAAAUCGACCUGGAGCCUUGGAACUCAGAGGAAGCAACCCCGACAACGACAAUCGACAACCACCGCCAAAAUGAGGACUUACGACGAUAGCUUCUCCGGCCAGCGGAUCUACCCCGGCAAGGGUAAGCUGUACGUCCGUGGCGACAGCAAGAUCUUUCGCUUCCAGAAUGGCAAGUCCGAGUCGCUCUUCCUCCAGCGCAAGAACCCCCGCCGCAUUGCCUGGACUGUCCUCUACCGCCGGCAACACCGCAAGGGCAUCUCUGAGGAAGUCGCCAAGAAGCGCACGCGCCGCACCAUCAAGUCGCAGCGUGCCAUCGUCGGCGCCUCUCUCGAGGUGAUCAAGGAGCGCCGCUCGAUGCGCCCCGAGGCCCGGAGCGCCGCCCGUCUGGCCGCCAUCAAGGAGAGCAAGGAGAAGAAGCAGGCUGCGCAGGCGGCCAAGAAGGCCGAGAAGGCUAAGAACGCCGCCGCCGCCGCCAAGGGCCAGGCCGCCGGCCGCGUCACCAGCAAGCAGGGUGCGAAGGGUGCGCCGAUCAAGGUCCAGGCCAAGUCUCGUUAAGGGGGGCUCGCUCUUUGGCGGGAGGGGUGCGUGUUCUUUCUGAGGCGAAAGGGAAAGCCAGGUCAUGAGAGGAGCGCAAUAGAUGAAAUGGUUAUCUUACGGUCUUGCCUGUGGCCGGAAAGGGUAAAACGCUGGAGUCGGUCGGUACGGUACUCGGGUUUUCUUGCCUGCUCAACUCUCUUAAAAGGG